ACAACGCAAAGACGACGGCGUUUCGAACAGAAAGAGUACAUGUCUACAUCCCAGUCCAUAUAAUGGCGUAUCCGUUCAGCUUCAAUGUCAGGGUACACACCAGACCUCUCACGAGUCCAUCGAUCUCUCCCACAGUAGAUCAUCAUGGGUUCAGUCGAAACCACAGCUCCCCUCUCCAUCGUCGAGGCCUCGGUCCAGGACCUCGCGUCGGCCCUGUCGAGCGGCUACACCAACAGUGUCGAGCUGACUGCAAAGCACCUCCUCCGCAUUGCAAAGUAUGACCGCCGUGGAGCACACCUCAAUGCCGUGCCCAUUAUCAACCAGAAUGUCUUUGACCUCGCUCAGGCCUCGGACGAGCGGCGAGUCCAAGGCAAGACCCUCGGGCCCCUCGACGGAAUCCCCUGCACCAUCAAGGACUCUUACAAGAUCCAGGGCAUGACAGUUGCCAGUGGUUCGCCCGCCUUCCAGAAUCUUGUCGCCAACGAGGAUGCCUUUACGGUCCAGAUGAUCAGAGAAGCCGGCGGUGUCAUGCUGGGCCGCACAAACAUGCCGCCCAUGGCUGCCGGCGGCAUGCAGCGAGGCGUCUACGGCCGUGCCGAGUCCCCCUACAAUCCCAACUACCUCACUGCUGCUUUUGCCUCUGGGUCGUCCAACGGCUCGGCCACAGCCACCGCCGCCAGCUUUGGCGUCUUUGGCAUGGGCGAGGAGACCAUCUCGUCCGGCCGCUCGCCGGCAUCGAACAACGGCCUCGUCGCGUACACGCCGUCCCGCGGCGUCAUCUCGAUCCGCGGGAACUGGCCGUUGUUUCCCACCUGCGACGUCGUGGUGCCACACACACGCACUGUCGAGGACAUGUUCGCAUUACUCGACGUCAUUGUCGCCAAGGACGACAACAAGACCGGCGACUUCUGGAGGGGCCAGCCUUACGUCGAGCUUCCUAGCGUCGAGUCAGUGCGGCCCCAGACGUACCAGUCUCUGCGCGACACUUCGGCGCUGUCUGGCAAGAAAAUCGGCGUGCCCAAAAUGUACAUUGGCGGCGUCGACUCUGACCCGGCCGCGCGCAGAGUCCAUACUCGCCAGUCUAUCAUCGAUCUGUGGUUGCAAGCCAGGAAGGUGUUGGAGAGCUUGGGCGCCACAGUCGAGGAGAUCGACCUGCCAGUAGUCACCAAGUUCGAGAAGCCCGAUGAAGACGGCGACGACGAUGUCAGCAAGGCAUCUGAGGGCGGUGUUGCGCCGCCUCACCGGAACGACGUCGACAUGUGCCAGCUCAUGGCGUACGCCUGGGACGACUUCCUCGCAGCCACCAACGACGGCAACGUCGCCACCUCACUGGCCCAGAUCGACUCGGCCACCAUCUUCCCCCAGCCGCCAGGCACCAUCCCGGACAAGUACGACGCGCAAGACCCGCUGGUGCGCCACUACGAUGUCAAGAACCACAUUGUCGCCCGCCACGACGCCGACUCCAGCAGCAGCGGCGCCCCAAGGAACAUCUACGACCUCCCAAACAUGGAGAAGGCGCUCAAGGGUCUCGAGGCCCGCCGCAAGGAAGACUGGGACGACUGGCUCGCCACGACAGGGCUCGAUGCCGUGGUCUGGCCGUGCAACGGCGACGUCGGCCGCGCCGACGCAGACACCAGCGAGGACUCAUCCGCCGACGCCUGGCGCAACGGCGUGCUGUACUCAAACGGCAACUGCGCGAUCCGGCAGCUGGGUAUCCCCACGGUCAGCACGACGAUGGGCUGCAUGGCGGACACCGGGCAUGCCGGUGAACCUGACCUUCGCGGGCAAGGCGUACGACGACAGCAGCCUGCUCAAAGGAAGGCUCCCGGCUUGACUCCUGAGCUUGCGACGGACCGUAUCGAAGUAUCCCGGCCUGUCUCCAAGAUGAGCGGUGCUGCACCGCGACUGGAGGUCGUCCAAGCCACGGCCGGGACGAGCGGCAGUGUCGUGGUCAGUGGCAAGGCUGACAAGGGUGAGCUUCGCUCGCUCAAGGUUUACAUCAAUGGGGAGGAGACUGGUGGGGAGCUGGAGGUUGCAAAGGAUGGAUCAUGGCAUGUCCAGGCCAGUGUCCCCACGGGCCAGGCCACGAGUGGCGCAAUGAUGAGGGCCGGAGAGAUUAAUGUUCCAAGCCGUGAACAGUCGAUGGUGGUUGUCCUUGCUUCGGGUGUCAAUGCUGGAUCGCGCAAGUACGACAAGCGCAUGCGCUACGUGCAAUGAUUGACAGCAGCGAGUGUUCCAUGAUGUGGGCGCAAUGGCCAGGAAGGAUCGCAUCUACCGGUAUGCCAUGGUUCGACAAGCCUUCCGGUAAGGCGAAAAGUGGAUAACACCAAAGGUCAGAUACCCCAAGCUACGGCCAUCGUAAUACAAACCAUUCGAUUCUUCAUAUUUCUUCGCAGUGUGGCCAGGUACCCAUCUGCACAGCGCAGGCUCGCACUUGGUCAGAGUAGGGGUAUCUGGGAAAUGCGGCGCUACCGCAUGAGAGAUGCCUGGCGGGGCUCAACCCUGCAGACCACUUCGCCACAUCGAGCCGCCAGGGUGGCAUGCGGAUAUGUGCUGUGAGAUGUCCUGGGACGAGAAGUCGUUGUUGGGAUGAAACUGGGGCCCGG